UUCGAACCAAUUGCAGAUACUUCCGCCUUGUUUAUCGUUGAGCAGAUUGACAGGUAUCGAAGUAUUUUAUUUUAUUAGAAUGAAAGAUACUCAGCAAUGCAGUAAAGAAAACAAGAUGAAAGUGAAAAACGAAGAAAACCAAGCGGUCGUAGCAGAAAAAGAAAACCAAGCAGAUUCUUUUGAGAAGAAGAACAAUCUUUCUGGCAUAACCAUGACAAAGGAAGAACAUAAAGAGGGUAAGGAAGUGAAUUGUAACGGAGAUAAUCCAGUUGCUGUGAAUUGUAAGGGAGAUAAUCCAGCUGCAGUGAAUUGUAAGGGAGAUAAUCAAGUUACAGAAAGAAAGAUAUCAAAUGAAGAGUUGGAUGACCUGACCAGUAAAGUAAGUGAUAUACAGAUAGCUGACAAAAAAGAAGUUGUUGGCAGACAAAAUACUGUGGAGGAAGAUACGAAGAGACCAAGAAACCAGACCUCACUAGAUAAUGAUGAAGAGGUGAAAAAAAGGGAAGGUGCAUUAACAGCUAGAGGCCCUAAUGGGGGACGUGCAAGUUCAUGUGAUAAUACUGGCUAUAAUUAUUAUGCCACACAGCCAGAAUAUAAAUUGGGAAGUAAUAACAAUAAACGUAGUUUCAGUGACGAGACUGAACCAGCCAAAUAUUACAAACCUGUUGUUGACUACUUCCCAUCACAGUCUCAUGUCAACGUAAAGCAACUUGGUGGUGGUACCGUUACAUUGAAAACCCCACCAAUCCAACAUCAGAACGAGCCUCCAUAUACAUUUGACAGUAUUCCCGAGGGUGGAGAUUUAAUUGAUGCUCUUUUGGCAGAGCAAGGACAAAGCCAGUUGCAAAACAUAAGGGCCGAUUUCUCAACAAGUAAUAUACCAGUUAAUAUGGAACCUACAAACAUUUUCCCUCCAAAACAUGUGAAAGAAGAGAAUGUGAUUAUUGAUGAGAAUAGCAGUAGUCCAUACACUAACGGUGGUCCACCAUCUAAUCAGAGUGACAGUGGAAUUAGUGGCAUGAGUUACGGGAGUCCAUAUCAGAAUCUAAGUUCUCCCCAGUCUAAUGCUUCCCCACCACAUGUACCAGAGAUGGGAUACCCACCGGUGAUGAAUGCUCCACAAUAUUCAGAUGUAUUAGACCUCAUGGAUCCUAUAGCAGGAAGGGAAGAAGACUUCCAAGAUGUUCAAAAAAUGAUAGCUGCUGAUUUGUUAAGAGAAAAUAAACCUCCUGGCCGAGUAAGGGAACAGAUAAGACCUGAGAUACCCCACAACCAUAUGAUGGCUAAUCAGAUGAACUUAAUAAAUAUCAAACCUCAGCCACAACAUUUCCAGAUGAAUACACAACAUUGUCCAAUCAGUACACAUAACACAAUGCAGCAACAGGCAACAAUUUUUGGACAUGCACCAAUGAGUACCAAUAACAUUAUCCUGCCACCUUGUUCUCAGCCAUCUGCUGUUGUUCAGCCAAUACCAGUUAGUAAUCCCGUUAUGAUGGUACCACCUCAAGGUCCCAUCCCCAUUGGACCAGUCACACCGUUCACUCAGCCACAGAUUAUCAUCAUACAACCCGGACCUAUUCAGGCUCAGAGGAGACCAGCAUUACGGAACAUUGCACCCAAAACAGAUAAACAGACAAACAAAAAGCCAGUACAAGGACCUUUGGCAAACAAAGGACAAAAACAGCCCCCAAGACCUGAUCCCGUGCCUGUGAUGCAGGUCCGACCUACACCAUCACAGUUACCAAACAAUGCACAACAGAGACCAAUAAAUAAUCAAAAUAAUGCUCAGAAAAGAAAUUUGUUAAAUAUAGCUAGAAGAAUGGUGGCUGAGAUUCCGUCAGAGCAACUACGACAUCAGGAUGAUGAAGGAGACACGUAUCUUCAUGUAGCAGCAUGUAAAAGUGACCCUAACCUAAUACAGUCAUUAUUGGAGAGAUUGAACCGUGAACAGAUGGACUGGUUGAUAGAUUUGGAAAACAAGAAACGUAUGACACCAUUAUAUCUUGCUGUGUUGGGCAAUCAACCAGAAAUGGUGGAAAUAUUCCUAAAAAACAAUGCAGACCCAAAUGCUCUAGCACAGUCUGCAUCAUCACCUACAGAAGGAAAAUCUUUGGAAGUGAAGGCACCUAUACAUGUGGCAUCUGCUGGUGGUGAUGAAAGUUUACCUACUCUCAAAAAACUACUCAGUGUAAAAGACAUCUCACUUAACAUCUACAACUCAGAAGGCCAUACAGCAUUACACACAGCUAUUAUUGCUCAUGGCACAAAAAGACAGAAUGGAAGUUACAUUAACAGUUUAAACACUAUCGAAGCUCUGAUUAAAGCUGGUGCUGAUCCUAAUUCACAGGACAAGAAAAGUGGUAAAACCCCUUUAAUGUAUGCAAUAGAGAAAAGAGACUGUAUUCUUAUUGAAAAAAUGUUAAGACUCUUCGAUCCAAAGAAGUUACGCAAUGUCAUCAAAUCAUCAACAUUCGAUGGAAGUAAUUGUCUUAAAAUAGCGGAAGGACGUAAAUCUGAAUUCAACCCUCAAGAAUGGCAGAGAUUAUGGGACUUGUUAAACAAAGCUUGUACAGGAGAAUUACCGCGGACAGUAAUGUUAGGUUAUUGAGUGAUCUCUCAUCUCAUGGCCAUAGUCGCAAGUUGUGGCUAGGUGUAAUUAAUGAUGUCUUGUUUAACGUAAAGUUUCUAUAAGAGAUAUUGGCAGACAUUGUUGCAGGAAUCUCUCACUAAACACGUUAAUUCGGAUGUCGAACACUUAGUGCAUAUUGGAGAAUUAACAUAGAGUGAUAUUGACCUUUAAUGGAACAUCUCAUUCAUAUCAACGUUUUAAAAGUCUCCAAGUUACGAACAAUUCAGAACUUUGCCUCAUUUAUAUAACAUGUAAUUAGGAAGUGCCCAUUUAAACAACAUGUAAAAUUUUAUGAAGGAAAGGUGUCUUUUAGUACUUGUGCUUUGAUCAUGUAAGACGAUGGCAGCAGUUCUAAUUGUGAUUAGUUGACCUUGACAUUGUAAAUUGUUGUAUUAGUUAUUAAUGUUACCGUCCCUUGUUUAGUUUAUUGUUGGGUUAUUGGAUUAAAGUUGACAGUGUUAUAUUCAAAUCAAAAGACAGAGACAUACAGACAGAAAGUUAUCACAUGGUGUAUAUAUAUUGUGGAUUAAUUAUUUAAUUGUGGGGGGUGGGGGCUCUAUAUAGAAUCUACAGUCAUACAUGUGUAUAUCAAAAACAAAAUCAUAUACAAAUUAAAUAUAACAAAAUAAGAAGUUGGCAUAAUAUCUUUAAUUAUCGUUUUUAUUUGCCAAAGAUGUAAAAGACUCUGACAAGUAUAUAAGAAAUAUUGAUAUGUGGUGCUGGUUGGAAAUUUUGUUUUCCCGUAAAUCUGUUUAUUUAUCUACCAUAUCUACUAAAUGACUGUGAGAGGAACUUAGUAACAAAAACUUGACUGUACAUAAACAAAUAUUUUAAUGUUUUAAGCAUGUUUCUCAUGUACUGCAAGUAGCUAGUGCCAUUAUUUUAGAUUUUUUAUGUUUCAAAAUUAUCUUUAUGAAUAUGCUGUGAUCAUAUGAAAUUUUUUAAAGUGUUUUGUUAUUUAUUGUUAGUUGUUAUUUAUUGAAUUAUUUUAAAGUUUUCUUUAUAUUUUUUUUUAUCAGACUUAUUGUUCUAAAUUUACCUAUAUUUUUGUUUGUUUUUUGACAUUUUCAUGGGUGUUGCUUAGUGAUUAACAACUAAUAUUAAGUUUUCUUAUUUGACAAAUUUCAGAAAAAAAUACUGCCCAUAUAGAUAAAUUUCAGUGUUAGUCUGUUUUAUAUUUUAAAUUACAAAUAUUCCUGACUGAUCAUUCAACACAUGUUGAUAAAGUGUAUGAUGGCAAAUUAAAUCAUAUUGUCCAUACCAAAACAUUCCUUAAAUUUUACUUCAGGUAUCAAAAAUGUGUUUGAAAAACUUCAUGGCCAUCUUCUAUUCUUCUUGUAUGUUGUUGAAGCACUUUAGGAAAAAAAAUAAAUUUCAAGUGUCGCUUAUUUCCAAAGAAUCCCUUAGCAAGUUAGUAAUUAAUUAAAUUGCCAAUUUAUCAAUGACUUCUGCUGUCCUUUAGGAUUUGCACAUAAAAAUAUCACACUUUCAAGUCUUUAAUGGAAAAACAAGGAAUUAAUUGAAUCUGGAAUAAUUUUGAAUUCUGGAAAAUUGAUUAGAAAUGUAUGAUGAAAACUAACCCAACUAAAUGGGGUUAGCCAUGCAUGCAUGGCUAAGGUUAAUUUUACUUUCACUAUCAUUUCAGUAUGAACUAACUAACACCCCUUAGCCAUGCGCGCAUGGCUAACCCUAUUUAGUUGGGUUAGUUUUCAUCAUAAAUUUCUGAUCAAUUUUCCAGAAUUCAAAAUUAUUCCAGAUUCAAAUAAUUCGUUGUUGAAAUGUGUUUUACUUUAUAAACAUGGCUAGAUUGAUAGGAUACCUAUCACAUGUCUUCAGGAGUGGUCAGAAUCAACAAAUAGGAAAGCCAAAACAAUAUAUCCUAUCACAUGCCUUCUUCUUCAGGAGUGGUCAGAAUCAACAAAUAGGAAAGCCAAAACAAUAUAUCCUAUCACAUGCCUUCUUCUUCAGGAGUGGUCAGAAUCAACAAAUAGGAAAGCCAAAACAAUAUAUCCUAUCACAUGCCUUCUUCUUCAGGAGUGGUCAGAAUCAACAAAUAGGAAAGCCAAAACAAUAUAUCCUAACUAAAUGGACUUAAUUAGUUAUCAAAGGUACCAGGAUUAUAAUUUAAUAUGCCAGACGCGCGUAAAAUAAGAGGAAAAUUUUUUAUGAAACUUUAGUAAAUCUUACAAUUUUUUUAAAGAUGAAUACAAUAACCCACUGGGGGUAAACAGUCGACAUACAAUAACCCACUGGGGGUAAACAGUCGACAUACAAUAACCCAAUGGGGAUAACCAGUCCAGCAGUAGUUCUCACUUUGUUACAUUUUUAUGAUACAUUGUAUUUAGUUCAUGUAUAAAAUAAUUAUGUAUUAUUAAUCAUUGUUAAUGUCAUGAAUGUGUAAAAACUGAUUUAAAAUAAAAAAUACUUUUUAAA